UCUUGCGUCACAAAGCGUUUGAUCAGUAUUGAUAUGAGCUGGCCUGGAGAAAACAUGACUUGGCCAGGAAGUUGUGGGCUGUCUAUGAUUGGAGAAUGUCGGUGGGUGUUGCAAUGUUUUCCUUAUCGCCAUUGGAUUUCCUCUCCGCCGCUCAAAGCUGCUGCUCCUGCGUCUCCAGGCACUUCCUGCUCCGAUCCACAGUUUACAGGACGAGCAAAGCGACUCACUGUCGUCUCCACACGGGAGCCAAGAUGAGGAACAGGGAUCUUUGGGCGGUAACGUGAUGCUUGACUCAAGGACUUUACAAUGACAUAAACUAAGGACCCACCUGGAACCGUCCUCUUGUUUGUCUUUGUGUUUUUUGUUUUUGUUUUGUUUGUUCUGAUGUCUGCCAAUCUUACCUUGUGUUCACCUGCUUCCUAUGAAGAACAUAUAAUGAAGUUAUGAUGGAGUAAUGGCUUGCAUGUAACUUAAAUGUAACACACUACUGUCAUGAAGUCUGGUCUUGUUAUUCCUCUUGUCUGCCUCCUUUAGAUCACUGAGAAAAAGAUAGCAAUAGAGGUAUCAAAGGUCUUGAAAAAGCCUGCACGUAUCAUAUCUUUGUGGCAUUAGUUUUUUGCAGGCACUCACUGUGCUACCUACUCUAAAGAAUUCUUAACAUGAGCAUAUGAUUAAUUUAAUUGUUAAAGCCUCCUUGCCAAAACAAGGUGUGUAUGUUUGUCUUUUCAUACUUCAUGGAUCCUUAAGUUUGCGUUUUGUCCUUUUGUGUAAUUAUUUAAGGAUUUGUUGUAAAUGUUGAGUAGCUGAUCAGCUGCCUCGUGUUGUUAUCAUUUUAGUUGGCUGUAAGUUGAAACAUAGACCUCGUUUUACUAAUGUAAUCAUUGUGAAGAAGAACACUUGUUAGGAUGACCGGAUCUCACAGUGAAAAUUAUACAUCAGUGAGCAGUGUUGUCCUUUCAAUAUGUUGAAGUAUUGCCAGCAGUAAACUGUAGAGGCUGACGACUCUUCAGAUCAAUCUGCGGUGGGAGCUUUUUUCUAACUGUGACGCAAAGACUGGUUUUACCAGAUUCCAUCUCCACUGGAUAAAUACUCUAAAAAGAAAUACCUUCUAACUGGAGGAGAUCUUUUUUUCUUUUUUUCAAAUGAAGACAAACUUCGGGCAAGCGGGAACGGACACUUUUUGUGACUUCUUGAAUUCAAGCACUGAAGAGGAAGAAUGAGUUUACAGAGAUUUCAGGGAUAAGUUUCUCAGACUGAUGUUCACAUAUGUUUUGAUUUCCCCUGAAUAUCUUGAAGAGCUGCCGAACUCUUCUCUUCAAGUUUCCAACUGUAUAUAGUAUAACAGAACACACUACAGUAAAGCUUGAUUUACUGACAUUUCCUUGAUAAGCUGAGAAUGAGGUCCCCAGAACCUUCCUCACCCUCCACAGCAGAAGCCCUCCUUCAUGGCCAGUUUGCCAGUUGGGGGUCUGGCAGCAACAGCAACAAUAACAGCUGCCCCAACAGCCCUGGUGGUCCAGGGGGACUCUCCCCGGCUGCCUCCCCUACUCCGGCUCUGGCCUCCAACUAUGCCUUGACCCUCACCCACACUCACAUACACAUCCAGCGUCUGUCACCGCGGCCGGGAAAGGAAGCCCGUCUCCUGCUGCCUUUAUCAGAACUUGUGGGAUGCAGCUGCCCUCGUGCCCCCGCUCCUCCUCUCCUGGUGCUGUACUGGUACCCGCCAGGGAAACGACGGAAAGGUGUAUCCCGGCGCAGGCAGGUCAGGGCAUACCUGGCAGAAAGCAGGCCUGAAGCUGAGAGGUGGUCGGCUGCUGUGCAAUGUCUACUCAGAGAUGUGAUUGUCACUGCUGACACAGAAUUCUCGAGAAGUCUGCUACCUCGUCCAAGGCGACUACUGUUAUUGGUCAAUCCUUUCAGUGGGAGGGGGCAGGCGAUGCAGUGGUGUCAGACCCACAUCCUGCCAAUGAUCAGAGAGGCCAACAUCAGCUAUAACCUCAUACAGACAGAACGUCAGAACCAUGCCAGAGAGCUGAUCAGAGAGAUAUCCCUCCCAGAGUGGGACGGCAUCAUCAUUAUCUCUGGGGAUGGCCUGCUGCAUGAGGUUAUUAAUGGGCUGAUGGAGCGCCCUGACUGGGAACAAGCAAUAAAAAUACCUGUCGGCAUUUUGCCCUGUGGCUCUGGGAAUGCACUGGCUGGCUCCAUCAACCACAAUGCAGGGUAUGAUAUGUGCCUUCGGGAACCCCUUCUUUUGAACUGCUGCUUCUUGCUCUGUCGCGGUGGUGUCCAGCCCAUGGACCUGGUCUCCGUGACUACAAGCCCUGCUCCCUCCAACAACAGCCGUGCAGCGGCACCCAGGAGACUGUUUUCUUUCCUUUCUGUUGCCUGGGGCUUUGUGUCAGAUGUGGACAUAGAGAGUGAGAGGUAUCGUGGCCUGGGCUCAGCUCGCUUCACCUUGGGCACCCUGGUGCGCAUUGCUUCUCUCCGAUCAUACAAGGGUCGUCUGUCUUACCUGCCCCCCUCCAUUUGCACCACGUCGCCAGAUGCCACACCCCCUCCGCCAAGGAGACCUCUCUCCCGCAGUAUCACUGAAGGCCUGGAAGGCUUCUGCCGAACCCCCAUCCAUCGGACCUGCUCUGACAUGGGCAUCAGCGAACAGAGAAGCCUGCGUAAGGGCGAGGUGGAGAGGGAGAAAGAGGAGAGGCAGAGGGAAAGGGAGAGGAGAAGGGAGAGGGCCAGGGGAGGAGGAACCGGUGUGGUGAGGGCAAGCAGCCUGGCAGAGGACAGAGAAAGGGAGCGAGAGGGGGAGGUGGAGAUGGAAGCAGAAGAGGAGAGGUCAGGGACAUGUUCGGAGAGGUCGGGGACAAGUUCUGAAUCCAAUGAAAGGGAUGACUAUAAUAUGGGAAAGGAAAGACUGGAGAGGAUCAAGGAUGAAAGGGAAGAGGAAGGAGGAGUAGAGCAAGACUCAAGUGAGAUGGAGGAGGAGGAUAGGGAGAAGGAUGGGGAAGGGAGUGGGGGGUUUGUAGAGGAGAGGAGAGAAGGCUGUGGAGUGGACACAAGGAAGGAGAUGAACGAAGAGCCAGAGGGUUGUUUUGCUUACCAAGACGACCUUCAGGAAGCCAGACAGGCAGUCAGAAAGAAUUCUGCCCCUUCCAGCCAGAUAGCAAACACUCUCUUCAGCCAGCCUCUCAGUCAGGAGGCUGACCCAGACUCUAGUACCUCGUAUGGGGUGGAGGACGUGGAUCUGAAUGGAACCUAUUACCAGAAGGAGGCCUACCCCCUUGACGUAGCUCGAGAACGGUCUCUGACCAUUUCCUCUCCCUUCCGUCACUCUCCCUUUUCUUACAAACCCAAGACUUUGGACCAAAACCAAAACGCUUCCCGGCCGAGGCCCCUCUCCCUCCUCCAACACUCCCACUCAAACUCCCUCCCCCCUAAACUGCCCUCCCUUUCACUUUCUCUUUCUCCCACACCCCCAUCAUCACCCUCAUGUGCCUCCCCACACUCCUCAUCCUAUCUCGUCCCGCGCCCUAACACCCCAAACUCCACCUCACCGUCACCCUCUUUACGCACGCCGUCCUCUUCUUUUAAUUUUGACAUUGCCGAGCCAGCAGGACCCCAAAAGAACCGUCCUUUUGUCUCACUGCCUUUAAAUCUUCCCAGAGAUGACUUGUUACCCCCCUUGGACCAACCCCUCCCCACCAGAGACUGGGUCAGCAUUGAAGGGGACUUUGUCUUAGUCCUGGCCCUUUAUCAGUCCCACCUCGGGGCUGACCUUCAUGCUGCACCCCAGGCCAGGUUUGACGACGGGCUGAUCCACCUGACUUUUGUGCGGGCAGGGAUCUCCAGAGCCACUCUACUGAGACUGUUCUUUGCCAUGGAAAGAGGAACCCACCACUCCGUCAGCUCGCCAUAUGUGAGCCAUGUGACCUGCAGAGCCUUCAGGCUGCAGCCUCUGUCCACACGGGGGACACUCACUGUGGAUGGAGAGCUUGUGCCCUAUGGGCCUCUCCAAGCACAGGUCCAUCCCUCCUUGGCUCGUCUCAUCGUUGGUGACUGUGGAGUGAAAAUUACCAGAUUCUAAUCAGGGGGGCUGUCUGCACUGAUUGACAGAUACAACACUCAACUGAAUUAUGUAAUCUGUGCUGCCAUCUUUGUUCUGAAGGGGGAGGGGGUGUUUGAGAGACUUAUAAUAGCCUGGAUUGCAGGAACUGCUUUUCUGGGGUUUAAUGAAAGGGAUAACCCACCAAGCCACGCAUCAUUGGAGCAUGACUGCAGGGAUUAAUAGCGAAUUUGAAAAUGUAUGAAAAAUGCGCCUCAUUGCACAGCUGUUGGAUUACAUUCAACAUACCCUGAGAAGCAUGAAAACUGCACAGCCUGGGAUAAUAAGAGGGAAGAACAAUCGAAUGUUAUUGGAUUUUUUUUGCAGAGAGUGCAUGUGUUGGAUGUAUACAUAUUAGUAUGCAUGCAGAUAAGCACUACCUGAUUGUUGCCUUUCAAUGGGAUAGAAAGAGAUCAGAUUAAAUUCAGAGACAGUUGUUCUUAAACUUGGAGGGUCAUUUAAAUUCAGUGGGGCCCACAUUCUAACACAUCUGCCCCUAACCCUUAAUCUUCUGUCCAGUCCAAUGUCCAAUGUUUAGAGUAUAAGAACUUCCGUCCCUGAUAGUAAUGCCUUAUCUGACACUGGACAGUACAGUUGUACCUUUGCCCUUACGUACUUAUAUAAGAAACAAAGUUUUUUUCUCAAUCUCUCUCCUUUUUAUCAGAGUUUCUGUCCACUACAUAAAACAAAGCUGUCCUUAUAUAUCUGCAGUACAAUGUUUGUAGGCCCACCUACCCACUGUUAUCUUUGUGCAGCUCCUCAGCAUUGUUUUCAGGAUCAGUGGAGAAAAAUGCGGAUGAAUUUGCACUUCAAUGACUUAAAUUUGUGAGAGUGACUCAAUGCAGAGCAGCGAGAUCAAGCUUUUCAGCAUCAUAUCAUUUGUGGGAGCAAUGGAACCGUUGAACGGUGACCAUCCCUGACUUUUUUACAUAAUAGGCUGUUUUUUCUUAGUCAGUGGGUGCAUGAUGAUGAGCAUAUUGAACAUAAAAAUGUGUGAACAAAGCAAGUGUCUUUGUCAGUGGUUUAAGAUUGGUUAUUUCAAGAAUUAUAUCAGAAUGACACACAGUUUCCCUAAGCACUACUUUAUGUCUACAGUUUAUCAAUAUCUCUGAGUAAUCAUCUUUGGAAGCCUAGAGGAAACAUCAAGCCUAUUUUAAGUAAUAGUAAAAGUAGUGCAUUUGUUUUGCACAAUAACUGGAGCACAGAAAAUCACAAACACUAGAAUGCAUAUUAAUCUUUAGACACUAAUUACACAUAAUCAGAUGUUCUAGAAAUGGAUGCACUAGUAUUAAUAGUCUAUUUCAGAUGAAAUAACAAAUAGAUUAAAUGACAUUCCUGUACUGAAAUGAAUUAAAUGUCUCAGUUUGAACACUCUUAGCUUUUGAAAGGUAGGACUGACAGAUUACAUAAUCAUUUAAAUACUUUCUGCUGCAGUGAGAAGCAAGGGCACCAGCAGCUCUGUGUUGUCACGUCAGAUUUUUUAAUCUGGAGUUGAAUCAAAUGAAGGGAAAUAGAUGUUCACAGUUAGAAAUCAUCCAGCAGCAGAGCCAUCUGAGUAACUGGUUUGGUCUAAGAUCUAAAAUACCUAGAGAGUAUCACAACUUCCACAUAAUGACGUGCUCCUCUGUGAAAUGAAACAUCGUACUUUAGAGCCCUACUAUGAACUGUUAUGUUUUAUAAAUAAUAUUUGAAAUGUUGUAAUAGAAACCUGCUGAUAUAUUUGGUCUGAACAAAGGAGGAAUCAUUAGCAUGUGCAGUGUAUCAAUCACUGAGAUCAUGUACCGACUGCCUGGGUCAUCAACAUACUGUAUAUGUCUUGGUUAUGCCUGGACAAAUGAAUGCCUUUGUAUAAUUAGCCUGUAAAUUCUGGCUGUUGAUCAUGAACUGUUUAAACCUGACUGCAGAAAAUGGAGUAAAAGUCUUUGCUCACAA